CUUGGGUUUUGGUAAAAAUUGUACGAGUUGAGAGAGGCAAAUGCAAGCCAUGGCCUCUUGAUUGAAACCAGAUUCCCCAAAAAUGCACUGCUGGUAAAUCUUUUUACCUACGCGAGGAAGUUUCAUGUGAUGAAUGUCUCUCCAGCUGAGCUCUGAUCCCGUCAUGCGAUGACGAUAGUCACAGCUUCUUUCCCAAGGUUCUGCCCAGCUGCCCCUCUCCCAAACCUUCCCCGCCUCAACAACACCACCGCCACAUUCACAACCUCAAGCACACCAAACAGGUACAAAUACACAUUCCCCAUUCUGUACCCCUCACACCAGAUCUAGAAUCCACGACCAAAAAGCUAAUAUUGUCUUCCACCUCCCAGAAACCAACCACUCAUUUCACACAGACAACCCCUCAUCCAACCGUAACCAUGUCCGCCUUCGAGACCGCAGUCACAGACUCCAAGAAGCUUACCUCCAAGCCCAACAGCGAUGAUCUCCUCUCUCUCUACGGUAUAUCCUUCUCCUCUCCUCUGCUUCUCUUGCACAGCAUUCCAUACAGCAUAUACACCGCACCCCUCUCUCCCCAAUUUCAGUGGACAUGAGCUAAUGAGGGGUACCGAACAGGAUUAUACAAAGUAGCCCACGGAGAAGACAUCACCAAAGCCGAGACACCCGGAAUGUUCGACAUCAAGGUUCGUUUGCACUACUAUUUCCCUUCUUCCCUCCCUCCCGUCGCGUCUCAGGAUGGGCAGCUGACAUUCAAUUCCAAUCCAGGGAAAAUCUAAGAAGAAGGCGUGGCAAACAGUCGUGGACGAGGGAAUCGAUGCCGAAACUGCCAAGCAGCGAUACGUCGACUUGGUCGAGAAGAUGAAGGUCACAUAUGGCUAUGAUGCCAACAAGGCUCCUGAGGAAGUCGGCGCCGGUGCAUGAGAAACUCAACCAUCUUUGUACAUGGACGAUUCAUCGCAUCACGUAAUAUACGCACACGCACAUGUUGAGCGAUGGUAGACGCAUGAUUGGGUGAUCUCUUUUCGUGAGGAUUAGGUUUGGGUGGUACAUGAUAAUACAUCUACCUUCUACAUUCAUAAUGGCAUGAUUCAUUUUGCAAGUUGUGAUACUAGGUAGUUGAUUUUUUAUGUUCCUUGCUAUGUG